CUCAUGUAGGGGGCAGCAGCGCGCAGCAUGAGCACAGUUAAUGAUAGCGAAGAAGAAUUCAGUGGAAACGGAAGUAAAGGUUUCCUGUGCCCUUGUGACAGACAGCGGACUGUAGACGGACGAUGAGCAUGUACAGACAAUUUUAUGCGCUUCAGCAGGUGGCGCGGCGGAGCAUCUCCAGCUCCGUCCGGCGGCAGGUUGAGAACAAAGUGCCCCAGAAACAGAAGGUGUUCCAGGAGGAUAACGGUAUGCCCGUUCAUUUAAAGGGAGGCAGUGGCGACGCCCUGCUCUACAGGACAACAAUGGCACUCACUGUCCUGGGUGUUGGAUAUGUGCUGUUUGAGCUGGUGAAGGCAUCCUUCCCUCAGAAGAAAUAACUUCUCUGCUUCAGCUGUUUACUUCCACUUUCCAAAAAACCGGCCAGCUGUUCUAUAUUGUGUAAGAAGAUGAAAAUACUCCGUCUGUGCCGGACCGCGUUUCAUGUCGUGGUGCGAUUCUAUUUUGGUGUUCAUUGGAUCACUAUUUAUUUCUCGUAGUCUCUGGUGACCUGAGGAUCAAUAAAGAAAUGCCUCUCAUGACCAAGAA